UGAGGGGAGAAGCAGCGGCAGCGCCGACCCUCAGCAGCCGCCGCCUCCGCCGCCGCCUGAGGGACCCGGCGGGCUGGCCUGGCCGAGGCGCGGGACGGACGGGGCGGGCCGCUGCGAGCGGAGCCAUGUCCAUGGAGGACCCCUUCUUCGUGGUGAAAGGGGAAGUUCAGAAGGCAGUGAACACUGCACAGGGGCUGUUCCAGAGAUGGACAGAACUCCUGCAAGAUCCAUCCACCGCUACAAGAGAAGAAAUAGACUGGACCACUAAUGAACUGAGGAACAACCUAAGGAGCAUUGAGUGGGAUCUUGAAGACUUAGAUGAAACUAUUAGCAUUGUUGAAGCAAACCCUCGAAAAUUCAACCUUGAUGCAACAGAGCUAGGAGUAAGAAAAGCCUUCAUCACAAGCACACGACAGGUGGUCAGGGAUAUGAAGGAUCAAAUGUCAAACACUUCUGUUCAAGCACUGGCUGAAAGGAAAAACAGGCAGGUCCUUCUGGGAGAAAGUGGAACUCAUGGCUGGAGUUCUGGGGCUGACAAGUACGGCCGCUUGGAUCGCGAAAUGCAGUCGGUAAAUUCCCACUUCAUUGAGGAGCAGCAAGCACAGCAACAGUUAAUCAUCGAACAGCAGGAUGAACAGUUGGAGCUGGUCUCUGGCAGCAUUGGUGUAUUAAAGAAUAUGUCCCAGCGUAUUGGAGGAGAGCUAGAUGAACAAGCAGUCAUGUUGGAUGACUUUUCUCAUGAGCUGGACAGCACUCAGACACGACUAGAUAACGUUAUGAAGAAACUUGCAAAAGUGUCCCAUAUGACCAGUGAUCGGCGACAAUGGUGCGCAAUUAUCAUUCUCUUUGCUAUCCUGCUGGUGGUGCUUAUUCUGUUUUUUGUGCUGUGAUGGACUGGCACGCCGAUACUUUUCCUAGCUUCCUUCUUGAUGAAAUAAUCAGAUAACUCUUUCUGCCCAGAGAGAAUUCCCACCAUAGAAAAAGGAUGCUCUUCUGUGAAUGGAACACUGGUGACAUGACUCACUCGCUCUCUCAUGGUUCUUCUGCCUAUCCUCAUCAACUUUCCUGAGGUGCAAAAAUGGAAGACUAACAAAUGCCCAAACUCUGCUGUCACUGGAAGCGAAGCUUUUGGGUUUUGGACAUUGCUGUUUUUCUGUACUCCUCUGUAAGAGAGGUGGUUCAGCAUGGAAGAAAGCAAUAUCUGGCCCCAUCUCCAUCCUGUCGCAGGUAUGAACCUUUUCCAGGAAGCACUCCAGACUCCUUUCUUCCGCUUGUCAAAACAGAAUUCUUGGCAAUGUUAAACCGGCAUGUGCACUCACAGAGAGACAUGUCUUGCACGAAAGCAUUCCUUCAUGGGCCAGCUACACAGCACUGCCCUGCAAAUAAGUGUGGGUCCUCAGUAGGAGAAAAGGGGCAGUAAAUGCAGGGACUAAACUCACA